AUGAGCGUCGCCGAUCAGGCAAUUGAGCUUGUACGUCGACUCAAUGACCCAAGAUAUGCCGCCGGUGCCUCUGUAAUUUCACGCGAACUGCAAGAAAUUCAGCUAUCAGAUCAAGGAUGGGCUGCCGCAGACGCUAUGCUCGAUCACGCAGAUCCCAACAUCAAGUUCUAUGGAGCUUUGAGUCUGCAAAUCAAGCUCAACAAAAACAGAAGCACGCUCGAUGAUCAAGCAGCCGCUGAGUUGAAGUCGCGCUUGAUUCUCUGGUUUAUACGUCUUGCCCUAGGCAACAUGCCUCCUAAGUUUGUUAUCGACAAAGUUUGCUCUACGCUUGCAACAUACUUCAUCCAGUCUCCUGUUCCCUGGACACAGACAGUACGCCAGAUCGUUUGCUCCUUGCAUGCUUGUGACGUCGUGCCUCUUGACGGACUCAGCACAUAUCCUGACACUAGUCAAAUUAUCGGCCAACUGUCAGGGCUUAGACUGUUCAUGGCUGUGCGUUUCUGCAGAGUUUUGGCCGAAGAUGUCCAGAACAGCUCUAUCCUCGGCCCGCAGUACUACCACCUGGACAAUCUCCUCAAGACAAACACUGCCGACUCGGCCGUACUCAUGACGUAUGUGUUUAGCACAUCAACGCCGCUUUCUACAGAAAUUCGGAUCGAAGCGGUACACUGCUUCUCUGCAUGGGUUACCUACAGCUUUUCCCAUUGGACCACCGAUCCUGUGGCGUUGCAGCUUCUACAAAACCUGACCCCAAUGGUCAUCGAGCACGUUCUGCAUCGCGAAGAGGAAGUCAGAGAUCCCACUGUAGAAUUCUUCGUCAACACCCUGGAGUACCGCUCAAAGUUUCUCCAAAGGGACCACCUCGAAUCGAUUUCGCUAUUGAUCCGCAAAACCAUCGGUCCCCAAUGUUUGCUACAGAACCAGAGCUUCUUGGACCCAACGAUUGUGUCAUUCAGCAAGUUGAUAACCGCUUAUGGCAAACUGGCUGUCAAAGACCUUAUUUCCGAGAGAAAUCGAGAUUCUUCUCAAGAAGUCAUUGAACUCUUCCAACAACUACUGCGUGCCCCUGGCUACCCUGCUGAGGACGAUCAAGUGAUUCUACAGGUGACCGAAUUCUGGAUUGAGUAUGCUGAACAGAUUGCCGACACAGUCAUGGACGUGGAAGAGGAUAAGAUUCCCUUCCUGACAGCCGUGAGAGAUGAUCUUAUGCAGGCCGUCCAAACCUACAUCCCCAAGCUCCAAGCGCCAUCUCUUUCGGAAAUCUCUGAAUGGGAUGAGGAUAAUGUUGACUCAUGGCAAUUCUUUCGCGAUAACAUCAGCGAUUUAUUCGACCAAGUCAACAGCGUUCCCGACACACAUCUCUUGAGUAAUAUGGUUGUCCUCGCAACAAGCGUCUUGCCGACCCAGAAUUGGCUACACCUUGAAGCCAUAAUCUUCUCCAUCAACUGCAUCUCAGACACGAUUGCGCUCUCCGACGAGAAUACCCAGGCGCUCUCCACACUCAUCGGAUCUUCAUUGUUCAACGACAUCUCGACCAACAGUGCCGACAUACCAAACAAACUCAAGCGUGCUGCCAUGACGCUUGUUGAUCGAUACUCUUCAUUCAUCAAGAAGAAUCCCAACUUCCUACCUCCGGUUCUUACAUUCCUUUUCACAAUCCUGGCCUCGACACCUGCAGACAAAACAAAACUUGCGGACGCUUCCGCCAAAUCUCUUGAACAGCUUUGUUCCUCAUGUCGCAAGUCCUUGACACCACAUCUGGGUGAACUGCUUCAACAAUGUCCACAAGCACUCUCUGGCCCAUCAGCAAACAGCUACCAGAAGGAGAAAAUCAUGGCAGCUCUUGCCUCCAUCAUCCAAGCUUUGCCUACCGAAGAAGCCAAAGCCGCACCCCUUAUCUCGCUCAUCGAAGUGGUUGAAAACGAUCUUAAUACCGCCAUCAGAACUCUACACCAAGGCAACCUCGAAGACAGUGAGAUCCUCGGAACUUCCGCUUUACAGUGCCUUGCCAGCAUUGGAAAAGGCAUCCAGGCACCUACAAAUGAUGUGGUGGAUGUGGACAGUGAUGGUGACGAAGAUGACGACAGUUCUGCUACUACCAACAAUUUCUGGACUGCACAGGCCGGUGUGGAGAUCCAGAAACGCAUUGUGCAAUGCAUCAACAUCGUCGAGUACCUACACAACCCGGGAGAUGCCAUGGACGCCGCCUGUGCGAUCCUGCGUGCUGGUCUUAAGGAGACGAAGCCGGGUCCCUUCGUCUUCCCACCUGAGGCAACUGUCGCCUUCAUUGACAAGGCACAGAUAACUACACCCCGUAUCGAAGCCAUCAUCGGUACGGCUUGCAGCUUUGUCUCCAACUGUUCGCGGAAGACAAGCCCUCACAUGUUCAACGAGAUGUGUGCUGUAUACAACAGAGUAGCCCUGGUGAUGCAGCAGCUCGGUGACCCGGCCAACGACCCGCAACUGGCCCAGCUCUGCAUAGACUUCUUGCAAAGGCUGUUAGUCAGCUACCUCGACGUCCUCCUCGCCCCCUCGGAUGAGGAAAUCGCCGCGGCCAUGCAGUUUGUCAUAAACUGCAUGGUCGGCGACGCCCCCAUGCUCAAGCGCAAUGCUUGCAGCUUCUUCGAAACGUUGCUGGGUCUCGCCAACCCACGCACCGCUCACACGCUCCCGUCCUGCCGUGUGCCCCCCCUCGCUAUCAUCACCGCCUUCGCCACCCCUCUCUCCCGCGCCCUCAUCUUUAACAUGGGUGGGCUGGCCCAGCGCUCGGAGAUCGAGUCUUUGUGUAAGCCACUACGCGCACUCGUCUUCUCCCAGCCUGGGCUGGCCAAAGCGCACCUUGAAGAGGGGCUCAUGGACCCCCAAUUUCCCUCCACCAACGUGGGAGAGAAGGAGAAGAGGGUCUUCCUGGCGAAGGUAUUGGGGUUGAGGGGAGGUAGACAGACCGUGGUGGUGGUGAAGGAAUUCUGGGCCCUGUGCAAGGGUACAGUGACCUCGUUCGAGUAG